GCACUUCCGGUUCCGUACAGCUGCAAACAACAUGGCGAAAGCCGGGGAGAAGAGUGUCGGUGGCGGGAAGCGAGGUUUGAAGAGGAAAGCCGCCGCCGAAGAGCCUCAAGAGGCUGCGGUGGCGGGCGAUGGGGCGGCGGAGAGCGGGGUGCGGCCCCCGAAAGCGGGUGCCUUCCCCCCGGGCUUCAGCAUCUCGGAGAUUAAGAACAAACAGCGGCGACACUUGAUGUUCACGCGGUGGAAACAGCAGCAGCGGAAGGAAAAGUUGGCAGCUAAGAAAAAACUUAAAAAAGAGAGAGAGGCUCUUGGUGAUAAGGCGCCACCAAAGCCUGUUCCCAAGACCAUUGACAAUCAACGAGUCCCCGAUGAAACCACAGUAGACCCCAAUGACGAAGAGGUCGCUUACGAUGAAGCUACAGAUGAAUUUGCUUCCUACUUCAACAGACAGACAUCUCCUAAGAUUCUCAUCACAACAUCGGAUAGACCUCAUGGGAGAACAGUACGACUCUGUGAACAGCUCUCAACAGUUAUACCAGAUUCACAUGUUUACUACAGAAGAGGACUGGCUCUGAAAAAAAUUAUCCCACAGUGCAUUGCAAGAGAUUUCACAGACCUGAUAGUUAUUAAUGAAGAUCGAAAAACACCGAAUGGCCUUAUUUUGAGUCACUUGCCAAAUGGCCCCACUGCUCACUUUAAAGUGAGUAGUGUUCGUCUUCGUAAAGAAAUUAAGAGACGAGGCAAAGAUCCCACAGAACAUGUUCCCGAGAUAAUUCUGAAUAAUUUCACAACACGGCUUGGUCAUUCCAUUGGACGCAUGUUUGCGUCUCUCUUUCCUCAUAAUCCUCAAUUUAUUGGAAGGCAGGUUGCCACAUUCCACAAUCAGCGGGAUUAUAUUUUCUUCAGGUUUCACAGAUAUAUAUUCAAGAGUGAAAAGAAAGUGGGAAUUCAGGAACUUGGACCACGUUUUACCUUAAAAUUACGAUCUCUUCAGAAGGGAACCUUUGAUUCUAAAUAUGGAGAAUAUGAAUGGGUCCAUAAGCCACGGGAAAUGGAUACAAGUAGAAGAAAAUUCCAUUUAUAAAGUACUGAGGGAGUAGUAUUGAAUUUUGCUGGACAGGCCUGUCUUGAAAAACAUGGUAAAUUAUUUAACAAAGCACCCUUUUCAAAAUCGUUUUAUUUGAUUUUGUAAAUCUUAUAUUUGAACAAAUGACCAAGUGCCAUGAAUUUCUACUUUGUUGUUGUAAAUAUAAAUAAAUAUAAUUUUGGUGAGGAUCUAAAACUCCUAAACCUUGCUAUCA